GGCGGCCGCCGCGCCUUCUCCCUGCCCGGCCGGGCAUCCCCAGCCCCCGCCGCGGGCAUCGCCCCUUUGUUUGCGGAGGAGGGAGAGGCGGAGGGCGCUGCGGCGGCGGCAGGGGCAGGGGCACAGCCGCUGCCGGCGGGGAGAGGAGCCGCCGCGCCCGCAGCCUGCCAGAGCAGCAGGAUGGCAGAGAAAGGUAUCGAUCCUGCGUGUGUCUCCAUUGCCCUGGAGGACACGGUGUGCCACGCCAGCCCCCCAGAUGCCCCGCUCCUCACCACUCACUUGAAGAAGGUGGAGAACCAUAUCACAGAGGCCCAGAGGUUUUCCCACCUCCCGAAGCGCUCAGCCGUCAACAUUGAGUUCAUUGACCUGUCCUACUCUGUGCGUGAAGGCUCGUGGUGGAGGAAGAGAGGGUACAAGACUCUCCUCAAAUGCCUGUCAGGGAAGUUCUGCCAGCGGGAGCUCAUUGGGAUCAUGGGGCCCUCAGGUGCUGGGAAGUCCACACUCAUGAACAUCCUGGCUGGCUACAGGGAGACCGGCAUGAAGGGCCAGAUCCUGGUGAAUGGCCGGCCACGGGACCUGCGUACCUUCCGCAAGAUGUCCUGCUACAUCAUGCAGGACGACAUGCUCCUGCCGCACCUCACCGUGCUGGAGGCUAUGAUGGUCUCUGCUAACCUGAAGCUGAGUGAGAAGCAGGAGGUGAAGAAGGAGCUGGUGAACGAGAUCCUGACAGCCCUGGGACUGUUGGAGUGCUCCUACACACGCACCAUCUCGCUGUCUGGGGGCCAGCGCAAGCGCCUGGCCAUCGCCCUGGAGCUGGUGAACAACCCUCCAGUCAUGUUCUUCGAUGAGCCCACGAGCGGUCUGGACAGUGCCUCCUGCUUCCAGGUGGUUUCCCUGAUGCGGUCCCUGGCUCAGGGUGGGCGCACCAUCAUCUGCACCAUCCACCAGCCCAGCGCCAAGCUCUUUGAGAUGUUCGACAAGCUGUACAUCCUGAGCCAGGGCCAGUGCAUCUUCAAAGGCAUCGUGACAAACCUCAUCCCCUAUCUGAAGGGUCUUGGCCUCCACUGCCCCACAUACCACAACCCUGCUGACUUCAUUAUCGAGGUGGCCUCAGGAGAGUACGGGGACCUCAACCCCGUCCUAUUCCGCGCUGUCCAGAAUGGCAUGUGUACCAUGGCUGAAAAGAAGAGCAGCCCUGACAAGGCAGAUCCAUCGUGCCCGGCACACUGUGUGACAGACGUGGACCACAUCGAGAGCCACACGUUUGCUACCAGCACUUCAACUCAGUUCUGCAUCCUCUUCAAGAGAACCUUUAUCUGCAUCCUAAGGGACACGGUGCUGACCCACCUACGGUUCAUGUCCCACAUCUGCAUUGGGGUGCUGAUCGGGCUGCUCUACCUGCACAUUGGCAACGAUGCAGGCAAAGUCUUCAACAACACCGGCUUUCUCUUCUUCUCCAUGCUCUUCCUUAUGUUUGCUGCUCUGAUGCCCACCAUCCUCACCUUUCCCCAGGAGAUGUCUGUGUUCCUGCGAGAGCACUUGAACUACUGGUACAGCCUGAAAGCCUAUUAUCUGGCAAAGACCAUGGCAGAUGUGCCCUUCCAGGUGAUUUGCCCCAUCGCGUACUGCAGCAUUGUAUACUGGAUGACGGGCCAGCCACCCGAAGCCAUGCGCUUCCUCCUCUUCUCUGCCCUGGCCACAGCCACAGCCCUGGUGGCCCAGUCCCUCGGGCUUCUCAUUGGAGCUGCUUCCACUUCCCUCCAGGUGGCCACCUUUGUGGGACCCGUCACUGCCAUCCCCGUCCUGCUCUUCUCGGGCUUCUUUGUCAGCUUCAAGACCAUCCCCACCUACCUUCAGUGGAGCUCCUAUGUCUCCUAUGUCAGGUAUGGCUUUGAGGGCGUCAUUCUCACCAUCUAUGCCAUGGAGCGUGAGGACCUGGAGUGCCUCGAGGACUUCUGCCCUUUCCAAAAACCCAUCAAGAUCCUGCAGGAGCUGGACGUGGAGGAGGCCAAGCUCUACCUGGACUUCCUCAUCUUGGGCAUCUUCUUUAUCAUCCUGCGGCUCCUGGCUUACCUGGUCCUCAGGUACAAAGUCAAAUCAGAGAGAUAAAGGGGCCAUGGGGCCCCGGUGCCGUUCUUGGGCCUGGCCUGCUGUGAGAGACGUUCUACAGAUGGACACAGUGCUCCUAGCAGGUCAUGGACCAUGGCGGAGGUGUUGGUAGGUGCCAGCCAGGCCUGGCUCAGUCGAGAAGGGUUUUGAGACAUCUCGGAACUGUUUUAACGUUUCCACACACUCUUCAUUUAAAAAGUUUUGUACAGCCCUGGUAUGUGCCACUCUCCCCCAGGACUGCCAAACCCCGUGGAGCUUGGGUCCCCUCUUGCCACCCCUGCCCAGCACUUCUCCACCAAACACAUUGGGACACCGGGGACAGUCCCAGGGAAGCGGCUGUCUGCUGAGCAAGGCCGAGAGGAGCCGGCUGCUCUGGGCAGGAGGGGAGCAGUGCCCUGGGGCUGGCUGAGCUGAAGCUGGGAGGAGGCAACUGCUGAGCGCGGAUUGGUAACACAGCACAUCACCCUGUUGCUCGUCCUGGCCAGCAGCAUGUGUGUCAGUGAUAGGAAGAGCCCAAACAUGCAGUAGACAAGUUGCACAAGGCUUUAGUGUUUCCUGUCACUGUAGCCACAGAAAUUACUGCAUCCCCUUUUUAUUUCUGCACAAAUCCUCCUUUUUUUUUUUUUUUCCUUUUCUUUUUUUUUUUUUUUUUUUUUUGUUUAAACCCCACUGCUUCUCAGUCUAUAUGGAAGAAAAAGGGAGCCAUCAGACAAAAGAGGACUUGGGGAUCUGUCUCAGACUUCUGCUCAGAUGCCAUCCUCAGAGAUGGGAUCAAACUUGGGGAUGUGGAAGGCUCUGUGGGAAUGGGACAGUAUUCUCAGACCUUAGGGCGUCUCACGUUCAGUCCCUGUUGUCUUUGGCAUCUGAGCCAAGAGGAUAAAAUCGGCCAACAUGGAGAGAAGUGACUGGUCCCUUCAAGUGCUGCAUGGAGCUGGGAGGAUUUAUGUUCCCACACCCUGCCAGGACCAAUCAGCUGAAAAGCAAGGCUGAGCUCAGCCAUGCCAUCGCUGGAACCUCUACUGCAGGAGAAGAGCUGGCCCUGAGUCCUUCCCUUGUACCGUCUCGCUCCUCACCCCUCUUCCCUCAGCACAACUGUGGCUGUCUCAGCAGAACAGGGAAGAUGAGCCUUGCUCAGCACUGGCUCUGCAAGGAGGGGAUGCCAGCCCCUGGCCUCGUCACAGUGCAAACCUCUCAGGGUAACACUGUGCAGAAGGGGGUCCCAGCAGUGCCAGAACUGGAAAGCAGGUGAGAUCUUGGAGCAGUUUGUUUGCUUUGGGUGACCCUGACACUGGGAAGGGCUUUGCACUUUGUGACUGGUAUCGGGAAAAGGUCCCUUUUCGCAAGUGUCUCUAGUGGCUCCUCCAAAGUCACCUGCCUGUCUGCACCUCCCACAGAGGGAAUGCAUUUUGCACCUUGCUGGUUCUCCAAAGGAACAGAGCUGAAACUAGAGCUGGUGGGGCAUCUGCACAUGCUGCUGUGCCGGGAACACAGCAUGCUGCCUAGCUGCGUAGCACAGGCCUGUCUCUGUGCGUGUGCUGACACUGGAGUCAUGGGGCUGCACUGGUCACCCACACACGUGGGAACCCACUGCUUUUUAGUGAGCAUGGACAUGGGGAAGACAGCUCUACCCCAUCCUGGCAUGCUGGGCCCUGGCUCAAGUGAAGUCUGUGAGAUGCUACACUCUCUGAGCAGCAGGGGAUUGCAGGGUAAAUGCCAGAUUUCAGCAAAAUCCUUGAGACUGUUCUUUGCUUUUACUGGCUUGUGUUGGGACUGCUCCAUACAGCAGGGUCUGGCUGGCCUGCAGGUGGAUGGCAAAUGUGUGACAGCACUAGUGCUGGGUACUCAGCAAGGCUGGGUUUCUCCUGCUUGGACAGCAUUGCUCCAAGGAGCUUGUAGCCAUGGGGUUCUGCACAGAAGGUCUGGAAGCAGGAUAUGCCCUUGUGCCCUUUCUGUGAUGAGCAUUGGGGUUUUCCCUAGGGACUCUUGUCUGACUUACUGCCAUCUCUCACAAAUUUCCCCUCUGCUCCUGGAUCUUCCUUCACUCCCAGCCCUGUGCCAUGCUCUGCAAGGGAGCUGUGCCAGCCUGGGGGGCUGCAGCCUCGUGGGCACAAAGUUGCCAACGGCAGCUGCAGGGGCAUGGUCUAGUGGGGAACGGUCCCCACAUCUGCUCUGUCAUGAGGUGGAUGGAUGGGCAGAGAGGCAGGAGGAUAGUGGAGCUGUUGGCUGUCACCCAUCUCCAUCUCACUGUCUGUGGGGCUGACAGGACCGAUGCCUCACUUCUGUCUUGCUCUUGGGCUGUGGCUAGUUAAGCCUUGCCUAGGGCAGAGCGUGCACUGCUGGGCUGAAGGUUUCCCCCUGGAUGUAUACCAAGAUGGAAGGAGGUGCCAGUGGUGCAGCUUUGCACAGCUCCUGCCUCCUGCCCACUCCCUGGCAGAGGGGGCUCUCGUGGUGUGUCCUGCUUCCUGCACACUGGAGGCACUGCCAUCCCCAGCGCUGUGUCCUGCUGCUGCCUGCACCCAGAACAUGGUGCUUCCUGGGACAGCCCUGUGCCAUCGCAGCCAGCACCACCGCCCCUCCCAGAAGGACCAGGACGAGAUGGACAAGCAAUGGCCCAUGUGUGGAGCAGAGGGGGUUACCAGCAGGCACCUGUGACUGCCACUGCCGGUGUCCUCCAUGCACAGGGAUGCUGCAACAGAAGCCUUUGCUGGCCAGCCUCUGCUGCUUGCAGAGAAACUCCGCAGGACAGACUGCCCAAGCUCAGCAUGGCUGGAGUGAGACUGCAGAGGCAGGUAGCUCCACAGGUGGCUGCUCAGACCAGCCUAUCUGGGAUUGGGGCCCUUGGCAGCACCCUCAGGAUCUCCAGGACAGUUCAGCACAGCCUGAGCCUUCUGUGCCGGUGAGUGCACGAGCUGCAGGGUCCCAGCUGACCAGGUAUGCGGCCACUGCAGGGCAGAGGGCCAGGGCAAGCCCUGGAGACGGAGGAUGGCUGUGGCCCCAAGCUGGGCAAGGGCACUGGGGAGGGUGCGUUAUGGGGCACGUGCCCCUCAACCCCAAGGCCAGGGCAGCAGGAGGCCUGAAGCGCCCCGGAGAAGCCAGCAAGUGAAUGUGUUGGUAUGAGUGAGGGACCUGGGCACCCCAUGGCACAGAGGGCUUGGGUCUGGCAGACCCUGCCCCAGGCAGAUGGUGCCUGAUGAGUGAACUAAGCCAAGGUGCCAAAACAGGGCUAUCCAUUGCCCCUUUCCUCUCAGCAAGGACAAUCCCAGAGGUGGUAGAAGGCACAGAGAAAUGCAAAGGGACUGAGCACGUUUGCACUAAACCCUGCAAGCUGAUAUGGCUGGGCCAAGCACUCAGGAUUUAUUGCCCCCUUGCUGCCCAGAUGGCCCCCUGCCCUGCAGGAGCAGGACAAGAGGGGUUGUCUGUACCUUGGCAGGGCAGAGGAAUGGGGUUCAGCCACUCUAGGGGCCCUUAGUGAAGCAAGGCUUGGAUGCUCCAGCCCCCUGGCUAGUGGACAUCUCUUCAGGGCAAGCUAGGCACGGAGACGGGCUGGGGCGGGACCCCUUGGCAAUAACACUGGUUGUUUUGUGGUGUGGGGCCAAGGAUGCCCAGUCUGGGUCUUGCCUUGUCCUGAGUGGGUGGGGAGCAUGCCAUGACACGCAGCAGCAAGGAUGCACUUUAUCAGAGCAGGGGAGCAGGGGGUACUUCUGGCUGCAGGAAUCCCACCAGGGAAUGCGUCUGGAUAAUCAUGAGGAGUGUGAUGGAGGAGAGCAGGAUUCUUCCCCCACACCUCCUCUCCCCUCCUGCCCUUUGCCUCCCGUUGCAAUGCACUUUGAAUGGAUGAGGAUGUGGUUCAGGCUCUGGCUCCAGCUCCCUGGGAGCACUGGUUGAACCUCAACCCACCUAAAAAUGCUUCAGCCCCUUAGCCUGGCUCCUUCAGCCCACAGGCAUGGUUGUAUCAGGUACUGCCUGUCCCUCAUGCGUGCUGUGAAUGCAGACAGGCAAGCAAGUGGGGGUAUGGCCUCUCACCUCCAUGCAUGUCCAGGCCAUCUUUGUCACACGCACAAGAGCAAAUGCAUCGUCACUCGGCGGGUGCUAGGGUUUGCUGGAGAGGAGAGCGGGCUGGAACACGAAGGGGAUGGGGCUUCUCCUAGGAUUUCACCCCUCUCUCAAAUCAGGCAAUAAAACAGUGUUUCCUUCUCACUGUGUGUGGACAUUCUUUGUCCUGUCCCUCUGCCAUGGGAGCUUCUGAUGCCACGGGCAGCCUGUGGCUGCCUGGGACCCCUGCAUGCAUCCCUGCUAUGCUGGACUCUGUGGUUUUCCAGACUGCCAUGUCCACAUGUGCAGAGGAGGUUGCACGGUGGGGUGCAUGUGUGAUACAGGGCAGGCGUGGACCAUGCAGAGAGGUGCAGCUGUUGAAACCCAUGUUUCCACGUGACCAGAGGUGAGCUGCUUUUUUUUCCUGGGACCGUUUACCAAAAUAAGAUGCAGAUAACAGCUCAAAGGCCAAGAGAGUCUGUUCAUACAGUCGUAGCUCUGCUGUGGUAGCCAUGUGUGGGUGGGAUUUGCCUGGGUCCUUCUCCCUUGGUGAGAGGUGGCUGCAAAGCAGGGCCAGGGCACCACCACCCACAGCUGUAGCCUGGCAGGAACCAGGCAGGGCAAAGGUAAAGCCCCCCUGUCCCUGGGGGGGAGCACAGGGCUGCUGGCAGGGCCCUGCUGGCUCUUCAGGUGCUGCCAUGCACACAGGUAAGUGCCCCACAGGGACAGGGUGCCCAGGUCCCAGCUUGCUGCUGGUGCUUGCCAGUAGCCAGAGGGCCCCAGGAACUGUUGAGCAGGUGGAGAUGAUGUGGCUUAUUUCAGUCUUUCUGAGAUGCCAGCUGUACUUGUUGGAUUUCACACAUCAAUAAAACUUAUAUUUAUAGUGUA